GUAACCAAUUUUUUUAAAUUCCGGUUUACAUGUGUAGGUGAUGUUGUUGGAUUGGAAAACCUUCCCUCGAAGUUAUUUAAAAUCUUGGUUGUUGCAUAGUGACCCAAUGCCACCACUUGUGGACGAUAACAGUUUCGGCAGUAGCUGGGCAUAUCAUCGAAAGACCACAUCCCAAAAGUUCCUCUAAAUACAACAAGCAAGAAUAGGAGAACACAAGCCAAGCAUGGGGAACUGUUUAUUCGGAGGGUUAGGCGACGAGGAAGACUUAUUGAUCAAAGUCAUAAAAUCAGACGGUGGAGUUCUUGAGUUCUACUCCCCCGUCACCGCGGGCUCCGUCUCCCACGAAUUCUCAGACCAUGCUCUUUUCUCGUCCCUUGACCUCCUCUGGGAACCUCUGCCUAACCACCACCUCCUUGUCCCCGGUCAGUCCUACUAUCUUUUUCCGAAUAUUGUCUCCGACGAGUUGAAGACUUUUGCGGGCAGCUGCCACGUGAGAUCCAACAGCGAGUCCUUCUCAGCGAUGACUCCUUACAGAAUGUCUCUAGAUUAUAACCACAGGGUGUUGAAGAGAUCAUACACGGACGUCUUUUCAAGAAACAACUACACAAGGACCCGACAGAAGGAGAAGAGGCCGACGAGGCGGAGGCGUACGAGCAGCAAAGGUGGAAUAUGGAAAGUGAGGCUGGUCAUAAACACUGAAGAGCUGUUACAGAUCCUGUCUGAAGAUGGUAGAACAAAUGAGCUAAUAGAGAGCGUGAGAGCUAGCCGUGGCCAAGGGUGAAAAGUAAAAACGGCGUCGAGCAUCACAAGCGGUUCGUCUGAGAAUGUCUUGUCGGUGGUACAUACCUAGAUUUUAAUUAAUUCACUAUACAGUAUUUACAUGUGUGGUAAACGAUAUAUCUAAGGAAGCUUGCUCCAGUCGAUUGCGUCAUUUAGUAACUAUGUACGUAGCUUCUUCUUUUUUA